AUGAUAGAGAAUACAUACAAUGUAGAUGUGUUGUCAACACUUGUGGAUAGGAAAUUCGAGCAACUUCAUGAUUCUCCUAAGUAUCUUCCAUUAGAUAUAAUAAAGGAUUUUAGUCGUAAUCAUGCAAUUUCACUAACUUAUAAACAAGCAUGGCGGGGGAAAGAGAGAGCUAAAGAAUUGCUUAAUGGGUCUACAAAUGAUUCGUAUAAGCUUAUUCUUUGGUCGUGCAAAAAGUUGGUUGAGACUAAUCUAGGAACAGUUGCUACUUUUACCAUUGAUGAUUCAGGUAGGUUUAAUCAAUUAUUUGUUGCUUUCCACUCAUCCUUACAUGGCUUUCGAGUUGGUUGUCGUCCAAUGCUAUUCAUUGAUGCGACACAUUUAAAGGGUAACUAUCAAGGUCAAUUAUUAGCUGCCGAUGCAUAUGAUGCAAAUAAUCAAAUGUUUCCAGUUGCGUUCACAGCUGAUUCAUUUGAGUCAAUUCCAGAUUGGACUUGGUUUUUAGAGAAUUUGAAAAUUGCAUUGAAUGAUGGUCGGAAGGUAGUAAUUGUUUCUGACCGUAAUACUAGCAUUCGCCAUGUAGUAGAAACUGUGUUUGACUCUGAAUAUCAUGCUUUUUGUUCAAGACAUUUGAUGGAAAACCUUAAGGGAUGCAUGUKCCGUCUACGCUUAUUAAAGGCUGAAAAAGAGGUAAUCGAGGAUUGUGUGAAUCAAUUAAUUUAUACAAGGGAUACCGUGAAGUUUGAUCUCUAUCUCAGUAAAAUACAUAAUCAGAAUUUGGAUAUCUAUGGUUGGAUAAUGGAUAGUGAUCCGCCACAUUGGGAAAAUUCUCUAUUCAAGGGUAGAAGAAUUGACAUUUAG